AUGUGGCGGAAUUGUGUGCGGUUUUAUGUCGCACUGUGGCGACAGCGGUGCGCCCCAAUUGUCGAAGUGAGUGGUGCCGCGGUGAGACCGCGUCGGGUUUGCACCACGCCACAGUUGCAGCUGUCCGCUGGGGCCGGCAGCGCCCGCUGGCCGCACCCUGGCGGUUUGGGCGGGAUGCUGCACCGCACGGGGGUUCGAAUGACACCGCAGCGCUUGCCAAGGCAGGCAAAGGCCGGGCCACCCUCGCCGAGGGGACUCUACGACUCUGUGUUUAACGCAAGGUGGAGCCACGUCGUGGAAUUCCCCAAGGGCGAAAUGAAGAAAAAGGCGGUGCGAAUGCAUUUGAAGGCGGGCGAACCAACACAACUGUGGGAGUUCAAGGUGCAGGGCAUGACUUUUGAACUGGAUGACGCUGCAGACCAGUUUUGUGCACCGCGUCCCAGGCUGAUGAUACUUUCGUCUGAGCAGGGCUGGCCCUACGUGUGGAUGGGGGCGGGGAGCACCAAUCCCGACUUCUUUAUUAACUGUGAGGUGGAGCGGGUCUGGAGGAUCGUCCAGGGUGAUCUAACCGGAGCGUUUGACACUGAAGAUUUCAAAGGGCUUAUGUUGAGCCGGCGUGUUUUGCUUGGGACGUCCGGCGUUGGGAAAUCGAUGGCUGCCGGCUCCUACCUCCUCUACAAGCUGCUGCACUACGAUGAUAAGAAACUCCAAGUAGUUGUGUACUGUUUUUGGGAGGAGUUGGCGUACGUGUUUGACAAGACGACGAGAACGGUGGCAGAGUACAUAGGUAGGAAGGAUAUUGCCAUUGUGAUGGGAGGUUUGGCUCGGCGUGGAAUGACGGGGUAUAUUAUCUACGAUGUGUUUGCAGAAUCGCCAUCGCCACAUUUUUCGCCCUCCGCCGCAUGGGGCAUGAUUGUGUUGUCCUCUCCAGAGGUAAGCAAGUAUCAAGGGUGGGAGGAUCAAGUGGGUGCAAUGCGAAUCAUCAUGAAUUGCCCUGAAAAGCUUGAUGUGAAGGCGAUGUGUGCUUGGGAGAUGCGCGAUAAGCCUGCAGAGGAGCAAGCUCAGUACUGGACGAUGGUUAAGAAACACAUGAAUGAAAUCGGACCGAUUCCACGAUACAUCUUCACUAAGGAUAAGUAUAAGGAUCGCGUGGUGGCGCUUGACAUUGCCUUGCAAUUGGUUGGCGCUUCGGAUGUUAAACAGUACUUUACUCAAGGAAAUGAGAAACUGUGGCUUUCUGAAAACCCGACUCACGAACUUGUAAAAAUUGUAAGGGCCGUAGAAGACGGUGUUGAGACUUUUUACAACAAACCGAUAUGCCGUCGCCUUGGAGGUGAAACACUUGACAGUGUGUGA